CCUCCCUCUCUCCUCUGCCCGUGUCUCGGAUGGAGCCGCUUCCUCUCUAACUUCCCCGCAGCCCGCCGCCCCUGCCUGCAGGCUGGGCGCGGACCCCCUGACCCCCCCCGGUCGAAGAUGAGCCUUUUGCCUCUUUGAAACGCCCCCCCCCAACCUCCAAACAAACAGCAACAACAACAAAAAAAGCGUUUUCUUUUCCAAGGGGGGUCGUGGUUUUUUUUUUUAAUUUUUAUUUUUGGCGUGGGAGUGGAAGUUGGACCCUUUUUAUUUCCUCCUCGGCCCCCCCUCCUCGCGCGGGGCCGCCCCCCCCUGCCUGCUUGCCCCCCCCCGGGCCCCGCAGAUCCGCUCCGGAGGAGAGAGAGAGAAAAAACGCCCGGACUGCUCCAGCCUCCGAAAUGACUCAGUAACUUUUACGCCUCGAGUCUCAGCCCUGCAAUUAGCCACUUUCCCAGCUCGGCUCGGGAUGUAUUCGUCUCCUCUCUGCUUGACCCAGGAUGAGUUCCACCCCUUCAUCGAGGCGCUGCUCCCCCAUGUCCGGGCUUUUGCCUAUACCUGGUUCAACCUGCAGGCCCGCAAGCGCAAGUACUUCAAGAAGCAUGAGAAGAGGAUGACAAAGGAUGAGGAGAGGGCAGUGAAGGACGAGCUGCUGAGCGAGAAGCCGGAGGUGAAGCAGAAAUGGGCCUCACGCCUCCUGGCCAAGCUGCGCAAGGACAUCCGGCCUGAGUGCCGCGAGGACUUUGUGCUCUCCAUCACGGGCAAGAAGCCGUCGUGCUGUGUCCUCUCCAACCCUGACCAGAAGGGGAAGAUGCGUCGCAUUGACUGCCUGCGACAGGCAGACAAGGUGUGGCGGCUGGACCUGGUGAUGGUCAUCCUCUUCAAAGGGAUCCCACUCGAGAGCACCGAUGGUGAGCGCCUGGUCAAGGCGGGCCAGUGCACCAACCCCAUCCUCUGUGUCCAGCCCCACCACAUCAGCGUUUCGGUCAAGGAGCUUGACCUCUACCUGGCUUACUUUGUCCGUGAGAGAGACACAGAGCAGAGCAGCAGCCCCCGGACAGGCAUUGGCUCAGAUCAGGAGGACAGCAAACCCAUCACGCUGGAUUCAACAGACUUCCAGGAAAGCUUCGUCACCUCAGGGGUGUUCAGUGUCACUGAGCUCAUCCAGGUGUCCCGAACACCGGUGGUGACUGGAACGGGGCCCAACUUCUCCCUGGGGGAGCUGCAGGGCCACUUGGCCUAUGACCUGAACCCCUCCAGCACCGGCAUGAGGAGGACACUGCCCAGCACCUCCUCCAGCGGGAGCAAACGGCAUAAGUCGGGGUCCAUGGAGGAUGACAUUGACACCAGCCCAGGGGGCGAGUACUACACCUCCUCCAAUUCCCCCACCAGCAGCAGCCGCAACUGGACAGAAGACAUGGAAGGGGGCAUCUCCCCCACUGUGAAGAAGACUGAGAUGGACAAGUCCCCUUUCAACAGCCCAUCACCCCAGGACUCCUCACCCCGGCUGAGCAGCUUCACACAGCACCACCGUCCUGUCAUCGCAGUGCACAGCGGUAUUGCUCGGAGCCCGCACCCAUCGUCUGCGCUGCAUUUCCCCACCACCUCCAUCCUCCCCCAGACGGCCUCCACCUACUUUCCGCACACGGCAAUCCGGUACCCACCUCAUCUCAACCCGCAGGACCCUCUCAAAGAUCUCGUCUCCUUGGCCUGUGACCCGUCCAACCAACAGCCUGGACCGUUAAAUGGAAGUGGUCAAGUGAAGGUGCCCAGCCACUACCUGCCCACACAGAUGCUGGCGCCACCACCUCCCCCUGGCAUGCCCCGCUUGGCCGUCUCUCCUGACACCAAAUCCACCACGACAACCACGGAGGGAGGGACGACCUCACCGACAUCACCCACCUACUCUGCACCAGGCACGCCCCCUGCGAACCGUUCCUUCGUGGGAUUAGGACCAAGGGACCCUGGGAGUAUCUAUCAGGCACAGUCCUGGUACCUGGGAUAACCUCCGCCGUGCCGCCCCUUCGCCUCCCUUCUCCUCUGCUUUAGGCACCCCUAGAGGAACAUCCCCGUCCCUGAGCACCAGGCCCAGCCUUGCGGUGACGACGGAGAGCGCGGACUCAUGACAAUGAUGACGACGGCAACAAACAAAACCCACACCUGAAGGAAAGAGCGAGGGAAAGGAAGAAGGAAAUGGGUCAAACUUUUUUUAAAAAAGGAAAGAAACAAACAAACAAACAAAACAGCAACUCAUCCCAGGAGGACCUUCCCCCACCACCAACACACCCCCCAUGCGCCAGAAAACAAAGAAACUCGGGGGGGAGGAGGAAAAAGAAAGAAAGAAACAAAGAAA